AUGUCCGAUUCUCAAACUGCUAGUUCACCUGGAUUUCUGGUACACGUCAUGGGUCGACAAGCAAGGCAUGCAGCAUGCGAUCGCUGUCGUGCCCACAAACUACGUUGCCAGUAUGACAACGAUAACACUCGGGGCGGUAAGGCAGAGGACCAACUUGGUAGUCCGUCUCCCAGAUGCCGCAGAUGUAAGCGAGCCAAUAUGGAAUGCAUACAGUCGACGAGCAUCAGAGUGGUUCGUCCACCAAAAUCGUCCAUACGUGAACUUCCAACCCCCAAUGAGAAAACGAAAACCUCGACUUCAGCAACGAAGUCACAAUCAUCGCAAAGAGCGCGCGAAUUCACCGAGCAAAACAGCAGCACGAACACUGCCCUGACACUGGAGGGAUUUGGGGAGGCAUUCGGGCACGCAGCAGGCUAUACGUUCAAUUUGCCUCGCGACGUGCAAGGCCAUCAUACGGAUAAAGAGACUUCCGACCCCAUUGAAGUCGACUUUAUGUUCAAUGAUUCUCUUCUCAGCUCAAGCCUUCAAGAAUUCUCAGAAGAUUUGCUGUUCAUCGACAUGGCCGAGGGUUCUAUUGCACCGGAGCACGGGGCUCAUGCACCUGUAGAAUCCCGGGGUGGGCCGGAGUAUACAUUUGACACGUCAGUGGCGAACUCAUCGGCUGCUACUUUGGACUUUGCUUGCCGACAGAACGAUCCAAGAAAUUCGUCCGUGAAUGCACGAAGCGAACAGUUGGAAGAGACACAACACAAUGUGCUUCAAGGUGCAUCAACAGCUUCCCUGGGCCAAAGUGCUGGCAAAGGUCCCAGGGCCGGCGAAAGGCCUGAGAUGCAACGUGGCAGCGAUUCCGAUGGCAAUACAAACUCCCUCGUGCAGCGGCUGUCUCUCCUCAGCGUCAGUCUACAUGAACUCUCUGCGGAGACAGGAAAGCCAGCGCAGCCUGCGACCACUAUUCAACAAAAUGCCACACCACUACUGGGGGGAAUCGGUUUCCGCUGCGAUGACUAUCCCAUCGAUUCCAUUCUCAUGGCGACACAGACAUUUGUCGAAAUUCUAAGUGAAUUUAUUCAAAUGGAAAGCUGUCGAUGCGCCGAGCUAGCUCUCAAAGUUCAAACACACGCAGAUGAGGGGCUGUCGCAAUUGGCACCUGAUGUGCAUUCAUUCCCUACGUUCACUGGCGAUGAAGAUCAUGUAAGAACUCAGAAUCGGCACCUUCGAGACCCUUCCACAAACAUGGACACAGACAUGUGUUUCGAUGACUAUCAUGAUAGCGACAAAGAAUGCAGUAGCAGGGAGCAAUCGAAGCUCGACAUACAUACUGCCCUUAUCAUCAUUUCGUGCUAUACCCGCACCAUGAGAAUCUACAGUGAUCUGGUCACUUAUAUCCGCCGACAAGUGCACGCCUCCGCUGGCGCUGGUGCUAGUAUGAGUGAUCGAAUCGCAAACCUUCCUGUCUUGCAGCUGGGCACAAUUCAGAUUAGAAACGAUACGGCUUUGCAGGCCCUCCUCCUGGUGCGCAUGGGUCUGCAUAUGAUUGAGAGGAUUGAGCGUAUACUGGAGACGCUCGUCGGGAAAUCGACAUGCCCUUGCAAUAAGCCUACUGAGGCAGAUGAAACCGACCAAGGGCUCAGAAACCAACAUAUUUCGCGACACAGACGGUCCGCAUCAUCUUCUAUAUUGAGUCAAACGGCUCGAGCGAAUGUCCUGGGAGGCAACGGCUUCGCAACCCCGUUGUCGCGAUCCUCGACCUGUGGAUCAGGUCAUGGCGGUAGCUCGCGCAGGAGCGUGCUAUCAGGGUCAGGUUCAACUUGUAGCCAUACAGAGAAGAAGUCAAAUUUUACAACUAGCUCUGCAAUUAGACACAUUAUAGAGCUAGCCAUAAAGCAGGAGGACUCCGAAAGCGAGGGAAACGGGAAUAGAGGGAUCGGCUCGCUGAAGGAGGAUAUACGGCUACUGGAGCAGCUGUUACAGUAA